AGUGCAUACCUAACAAGUGAGAGUAGCAUAGCAGCAAGAAGACCCUCUUGAAUUGCAUACAAUUUUUUUUUGAAUCGAUGGCGACGAGUGUGGUGAGUUCCGCUGGUGGUAUGCUAGCGAUGCUGAACGAGUCGCAUAUGUCACUGAAGCUCCAUGCUCUCUCUAACCUCAACAACUUGGUUCACAUCUUCUGGCCCGAAAUCUCAACCAGUGUCCCCCUCAUAGAGAGUUUGUAUGAAGACGAGGAGUUUGAUCAUCAUCAAAGGAAACUUGCAGCACUUCUUGUAUCAAAGGUCUUUUAUUACUUGGGUGAACUUAAUGACUCAUUGUCUUAUGCCCUUGGAGCUGGUCCUCUAUUUGAUGUUUCAGACGAUUCUGACUAUGUGCAUACCAUUCUUGCUAAAGCUAUAGAUGAAUAUGCUAGUUUUAAGUCUAAGGCAGCUGAGUCAAGUGAUGAAUCUCUCAAGGUGGAUUCUAGGUUGGAAGCAAUUGUGGAGAGAAUGUUGGAUAAGUGCAUUGUGGAUGGAAAAUACCAGCAAGCGAUGGGAACUGCCAUUGAAUGCAGGAGAUUGGAUAAACUAGAGGAAGCAAUCACAAGGAGUGACAACGUUCUAGGAACUCUAUCAUAUUGCAUUUAUGUUUCUCAUUCCUUUGUGAACCUAAGAGAAUACAGGCAGGAGGUUCUCCGUCUACUUGUUAAAGUAUUUCAAAAGCUGCCUUCGCCAGAUUAUAUGAGCAUUUGUCAGUGUCUUAUGUUCUUGGAUGAGCCAGAUGGUGUUGCAAGCAUCUUAGAAAAGCUUUUACGUUCUGAAGACAAGGAUGAUGCUCUUUUGGCAUUUCAAAUAGCAUUUGAUUUGGUGGAGAAUGAGCACCAAGCUUUUCUUCUAAAUGUUAGAGAUCACCUUUCGUUACCAAAAUCCCAACCUGCAGAAUCUGCACAGCCAAAACAAAGUGACCCAAGUUCUGCUCCAGAUGCUAACAUUGGUGGACCUGAUGAUGUUCAAAUGACAGAUGGCGAUUCUGCAACUAUUGUCAAUGUUCAUGUUGAUCCAAGUGAAAUCGUGUAUGCUGAGAGGUUAAACAAAAUAAAGGGAAUUUUGUCUGGGGAAACUUCAAUACAGUUGACUCUGCAGUUCCUAUACAGUCAUAACAAAUCUGACCUCCUUAUUCUAAAGACAAUAAAGCAGUCUGUGGAGAUGAGAAACAGUGUCUGCCACAGUGCUACAAUAUAUGCUAAUGCAAUAAUGCAUGCAGGAACAACUGUGGAUACUUUCCUAAGGGAAAAUCUGGAUUGGUUGAGCAGAGCGACUAAUUGGGCCAAAUUUAGUGCAACAGCUGGUCUUGGUGUUAUCCAUAGAGGCCAUUUGCAGCAGGGAAGGUCACUGAUGGCACCUUACUUGCCUCAGGGUGGGACAGGUGGUGGUGGUAGUCCAUUCUCAGAAGGUGGUGCUCUCUAUGCCCUUGGUCUUAUUCAUGCUAACCAUGGAGAGGGCAUCAAACAAUUUAUUCGGGAUAGCCUGCGCAGUACUACUGUUGAGGUUAUUCAACAUGGUGCAUGUUUAGGCCUUGGAUUGGCAGCACUAGGAACUGCUGAUGAGGAUAUUUAUGAAGAAAUAAAGAAUGUUCUCUACACUGAUAGUGCUGUUGCUGGUGAAGCUGCUGGUAUCAGUAUGGGCUUACUCAUGGUUGGAACAGCUAGUGAUAAGGCAAAUGAGAUGCUCACUUAUGCACAUGAGACACAGCAUGAAAAAAUAAUUAGGGGGUUGGCAUUGGGAAUAGCUCUUACAGUUUAUGGAAGAGAAGAAGAAGCAGACGCUUUGAUUGAGCAGAUGACUCGGGAUCAGGAUCCAAUAUUGCGUUAUGGUGGCAUGUAUGCAUUGGCCUUGGCUUAUAGUGGAACAGCUAACAAUAAGGCCAUUCGCCAGUUACUACACUUUGCUGUGUCUGAUGUGAGUGAUGAUGUCAGGAGGACUGCUGUUCUUGCAUUAGGUUUUGUAUUGUACUCUGAUCCAGAGCAGACCCCACGUAUUGUUUCCCUCCUAUCAGAGUCUUAUAAUCCACAUGUACGAUAUGGAGCAGCUUUUGCUGUGGGUAUUUCCUGUGCUGGUACUGGUCUGAGUGAGGCUAUAUCUUUGCUGGAGCCUUUGACAUCAGACGUUGUUGAUUUUGUUCGUCAAGGUGCCCUCAUUGCAAUGUCAAUGGUGAUGGUUCAGAUCAGUGAAGCUAGUGAUGCACGAGUUGGAACAUUUAGGCGACAACUGGAAAAAAUUAUUUUCGACAAGCACGAGGAUACCAUGAGCAAGAUGGGAGCAAUUUUAGCAUCUGGAAUCCUUGAUGCUGGUGGAAGAAAUGUGACCAUAAGACUACUUUCUAAGACAAAACAUGAUAAAAUUACAGCAGUGGUUGGUCUUGCAGUUUUCAGCCAGUUUUGGUAUUGGUACCCUCUGAUAUAUUUUAUAAGCUUGUCAUUUUCACCCACAGCUUUGAUUGGUCUGAACUAUGAAUUGAAGUCUCCAAAAUUUGAAUUCUUAUCACAUGCAAAGCCUUCACUUUUUGAAUACCCUAAGCCUACAUCUGUUGCCACCACUACAUCAGCUGUGAAACUUCCCACUGCUAUUCUCUCAACAUCAGCUAAGGCUAAGGCUAGGGCUAAGAAAGCUGAAGAACAGAAGGCUAAUGCUGAAAUUUCAUCUGGGGCUGACUCUUCAUCAGUUGGCCCUAGUGCCGAGAAAGGAAAGUCCUCCAGUGAGAAGGAUGGGGACACCAUGCAGGUGGAUGUUCAUCCAGAGAAGAAAUCGGAGCCUGAGUCUUCUUUUGAGAUUCUGACAAAUCCAGCAAGAGUGGUUCCUGCACAGGAGAAGUAUAUUAAAUUUUUGCAGGAAAGCAGAUACGUUCCAGUUAAGUCAGCAACUUCAGGAUUUGUGCUUCUUAAAGACUUGCGCCCUACUGAGCCUGAAGUACUCUCCCUCACUGAUACACCCAUAUCAGCAGCUGGUGUAUCAGCAGCAGCACCACAAAGUUCUGCAUCAGUGAUGGCUGUGGAUGAAGAACCUCAACCUCCUCAGCCAUUUGAGUACAUCUCAUAAGUUUGGCCCUCAUUUAGCAAAGUUCAAAUAUUCAUGGUGCUCAGAAGUUUGUUCCUCCCACACAAGAGCAGCUACAUUGAAUGGUUUGAGUUAUUACUGCUCCAACAUGCACUUUGGAAGUUCCUGGACGUGGAAACUUUUUCAUAGUGCACACUGUUUUAUAUUCUUUGCUCCAUUAUGUGAUUGAUCCGUGAAGUGGAUCUUAUGUUAUAUAUUCAUUUUCAAAGAGAUGGGGAUUAGAAGGAGGAUGCGGCCAAUUUGAAGAAUUUGAUGUGUCAGUGUAUUCCUUUUGUAUUCCAAACGAGGCCAGGGAUUCUGUUUAUAGUGUAUGAGCAACUGUUUUCUUUCUUUC